UGCUCUUUUUACCAUUUCGUUUCCCAGGCUCCCUUGCAAAGGAAACGGACUCCACAGAAGAAGCUGGCUAUUUCCAUCUCGGUUUGGGUGCUGAUGGUUUUGGAUCUCUUACUUUGAAAAAAUAAAAAUAAAAAAACUACUUCUCCGUCACUUUCCCUUUUCUUUUUCGUUGCAUUUAUUCCGAAAGAUGGGAUGGAUUUGAAACCGAGUUGGGAUGAAUUGGGAUUGUAAUUGAGGAUGAGGAGAACCAUCCCCAGCAAGAAAUGGAUCGCCGUCAGCAGAGGUUUCAGGGAACACGCUCUCUGUCCACAGAGGAAGCUUGCUUUUCAAGAGUGUCCUCCAAGGAGGAGCUCCAGGAGAGGAACAGCCAAGCCAAGUGGGAGAACCUGCCGUGGCUGGAAGGCAGCUUGGACGAUCGUGGAGACCGUGAUCAGGAGGAAGCCUCUGAGAGCAGCUCCGUGGUCUUCGUUGAGGAGCAAGGAGAUGUUGGGUGUGUGUCUGACUUAGAGGAUGUCGAGGAGCCCUCUGCCCAGGUGGAGGAAGUCAUAGGGGAGAUUGGGGAAGACACAGAGGUGUUUGUCUAUCCAGAGGGGUCUCUGCCGGAUGAUGAGUUUGCUGCAGAAGAAUCUGAGCAAAUAGCUUACCACAGAGAAAGUGGCGAUGAAGCCCAACUGCUCCUGUGUCCAGAGGCAGCUCUGGGAAGGGAGGAUUCUGAGGAGGAAACUGGGACCGUUGGUUAUGAGGGUGCAUCCUCUCUUGGGGUUGAAUCUGAGAUGACCCUUGAAGCUGAGGGAUCCAAUGGGGAGGAGUCCGAAGAGAUCCCUUGCUGGGGAGCAGCUCACCUGGGAGGAGUGGACCUUGCGGGGCAAUCGGAGGCCGUCGUUUACCAGGAGGGUUCUCUGGCCAGGGAGGGAUCCAGUGGCGAGGAGCAGGAAGAAAUCCACUCUCAGCAGGGCUCUCUUUCUGGGAAUGGCUCCGAUGAGGAGGCGUUCAGCGGCUGGGCUGACCCAGUGCAGGCGCUGGUAGCCGAGCAGCGGCCUUCCAAGCCUCGCCACAUCUGCAGCGAGUGCGGCCGCAGCUUGGCCAGCCACUCUGCCCUCGUCCGCCACUGCCUUAUCCACACCGGAGAGCUUCCGUACGCGUGCACAGAGUGCGGGCGGCGCUUCCGGCAGUCCUCGGCCCUCGUCCGCCACCUCCGGGCCCACCGGGGUGAGCGCCCGUACGUCUGCGGCGAGUGUGGCAAGGCCUUCGGAGUCCGCUCGGCCCUCGUCCGCCACCAGCGGGCCCUGCACACGAGCGAGAGGCCCUACGUGUGUGGGGAGUGUGGCAAGGCCUACGCCGACCUCUCCGUCCUGACCAAGCACCAGUUGAUCCACGUCAACGGGCGGCCUUUUUCCUGCCCUGACUGCGGCCAGGCAUUCGGGCACCGCACCACCUUGAAUCAGCACCGGCGCAUCCACACCGAGGAGCGGCCGUACCGCUGUGCCGAGUGCGGCCAGACCUUCCGGCAGAACUCGGCCCUAGCCAACCACCGCCAGGUCCACUCGGGGCAGCGCCCCUUCUCCUGCCAGUACUGCGGCAAAGCCUUCGCCGGCCGGCCCACCCUCGUCCAGCACCUCCGGACACACACAGGGGAGAAGCCGUACAGCUGCCCCGACUGCGGCCGCCAGUUCAGCACCAGCUCCAACCUCUUGCAGCACCGCAGGAACCACCUGGGCGAGCGCCCUUUCGCCUGCUCGCUGUGCGGCCGCCGCUUUGCCCGCCGGCCCGACCUGGCCCGCCACUACGUCACCCACGCCGAAGGCAGCGUGCGGCCCCACCGCUGUGGGGAGUGCGGGAAGCGCUUUGUGGACCUGGCCGACUUGGAGCAGCACGGGGCCACGCACCGCGGCGAGCGGCCCUACGUCUGCAGCUUCUGCGGCAAGUCCUUCGCCGAGGCCGCCACGCUGGCCCGGCACCGCCGAUCGCACCUCCCCACGGCUCAGCAGGCCUACAAGUGCGAGGUGUGUGGGCAGACUUUUGGGCAGAGCUCCGACCUGCUGGCCCACGGGCGGGUGCACAGCGGCGAGCGACCCUACGCCUGCGGGGACUGCGGCAAGGCCUUUGGGCGCAGCUCCAACCUGUCUCGCCACCGGCGGGUGCACACCCACGAGCGCCCCUACGUCUGCGGCGACUGCGGGAAGAGCUACACCCAAAGCACACACCUCAUGGAGCACCAGAGGCUGCACACGGGCGAGAGGCCCUACGAGUGUGUGGACUGCGGGCGCUGCUUCGGCAAGAAGGGGCACUUGGACUCUCACCGGCGGGUGCAUCGCUUGUUGCCCGGGUCUCCCAGAGGGGCUGAUGGGGUGCAAGCCGAUUCGGGGAGCCCAGAGUGCGUAUGAAGGAAUCCUGCAGGGGUGGAAAGUUGUGGGUUGUGGGUGGGGACAAGGAGUCAGAGCAAGGUUAAUAUCGGAGAAUGGCUUAUUAUUCCUUAGAUUCUAUACUGCCUUUCAUCUGAAGGUCAUAGUUCAGUCGGUAGAGCAUAAGACUCUUAAUCCCAGGGUUGUGGGUUUGAGCCUCUUGUUUCCUGCAUUGCCGGGGUUUGGAUUCAAUGACCCCCAGGGUUUCCUUCCAUGAUUCUAUGAUCACAGGGCGGUUUGCAAUAUAAAAACACAAGAAUAUGUACCAUAAAAAAACAAACGAAGACAAAAAAACCCUCACAAACCGUUAUUAGCCCCACCUGAAUGCCACAGCGAUCUCUGAAGGAUAAAGAGCACGUGCAGAAUUCCUGGAGGGGCUCCCCAAAGGGUGUGGCUGCAUCACCACAACCAGCUCCCGUGUGUUCCUGGCCAGAGGCAGGCAGCUGUGAACCCUCUGUACCUUUCGGGUUAGUGAUUUCAUGGGGUGGGGAAGAGUGCUUUUCAAUUGCCUGAUGUUAAACGUAUGCUCAGUAGAGGGCGUGUUUGUCAUAAAAAGUUGGGUAAAGGCUAGAACAGGGGGGGUCAGCAAACUUUUUCAGCAGGGGGCCACUCCACUGUCCCUCAGACCUUGUG